AUAUCGAUUGAGAAAACAGAAAGAAAUAUCCGAGUUCCAUUAUUUGCUCCAAGAAAAAUAUAAUAAUAAGGACCAGAAAAUUUGAAAAGAUUUGACAACAAGAAAGUCAGUGGGACCAUAGUGCGAUUCCGCACUCUUAUUGUGAAAGUUGAACCUAAUCUUCAAAUGGAACUACUUCGAUGGUAUACGCACAUUUUAUAUAGACACAGAAAAGGGACGGAAAACUUUUUGAUCUUCAAAGAUAUCAAGUUUCAUUUUCCUCGCUAUUGCAUUGUAAGCGAACAUAAGCGCUGGAUCGAUGACCACUCCAAUUUCUUCCGCCGAGCAGAUCCACUCAAUUUGGGAAAGGUAUGAAGGGAUUCAAGCUUCGUAUUUUGUACGCGUCAAUUAUUUAGAAGUGAUGACCGCAGCAGCGCAGCGGGACGCCUGCGCUGACGCUGGUAACAACGGGCUAUGUGACAGUUAAGUUCCAGCCUCGCAGCCCAUCGUGUCUCAUUUUUUAUUCGAAUCAGAAAGCAGAUGACACGCGAAUCUGUCGGCUUAAAAAUCAAAAUAUGCAAGGUCUUAUUUCAAUAACAUUGUUUGUUUCUUUACUGCUCAACGGCUUAACCCUUUCAAGAUUUUAGCUCUGUGAUUCGUCAUCGAAUACUAAGAAGAGAACAACAACAAAAGGCCAUAUUUCAUCCGCGCAAAAAAAACCAAACAUCUAAGUCAAUAAAUCUAACCCGGCGUCGUUAAAACAUUUGGAAAUUGAUAUGUGUGUACGAAAUCGCUGCGAGGGCAGAUGAGCCGUACAUGAUUUCCCCGGAGGUAAGGUACCACCACACUUUCUGGUGCGCUACUUGCCGGAACUUGCGUUCAGCAGAAAAUAGUGCCGCUGGAUGCAUUUCCCGCCGUCAGCGCAACCGAUCGUGCUUUUUUCAUGAACUUUGAACGACUCGUUUUUUUUCUUUUUCUUCUUCUUCCUUUCUCUCUUUCUCCAUCUACUUCUUUGUCGCUCCCUCUGCUUUUGUCACGUCUAGUCUCCUACAUUGAAUAGCGUGCUCCGGACAAAAGAAUUUCCUCUCGUUCGUCAUUCAUCGAGCUGUUGAAACCUUCAGCGGUAUCGUAUCGCUCGAUCAAUGGGUGGGAAACAGACGAGUGCAAAGUAGUCCAUAACCUCCAGGAAAUCCCAUAGUUACCGCUCGUCGUCGCCAUAUACUCAUCAUUUUGACUUUGUUUCCUGUUCUCGAUUCAAAAGGCAGGCACUAGUGAUAAGUCCGAGCAGGAUCAGGAAUAAUAAGGACAACCGGGAAAUGCAGCGGUCGGGAGCGACUCCGAUGCCUUCGCCGCAGCACAAUCGCACCAAUGACGCCAUCAGAGCCUUGUCUAGAAAUAUAACUUCGCUAUUAGAAAACCUUCUCAAAAAUUACGACUCCAAUCAUCAUCCGGGAUACGAUUCAGGUUUACCAACAAUAGUUAAAAGCAAUAUUCUGGUUCGGUCCAUGGGUCCCUUCUCCGAACACCGAAUGGAUUACUCGAUGGAUUGUUAUUUCAGACAGUCGUGGCAAGAUCGGCGUUUGAGCUUCAACGGCCCAAUCGAGACGCUGAGUUUGAGUAUCAAAAUGCUGGAAGGGAUUUGGAAGCCGGAUACUUUCAUUUACAACGGCAAGAAAUCUUACCUCCACACGAUAACGACGCCCAACAAACUACUCCGCAUCAACAAAGACGGCAGCAUUCUCUACUCGGUCCGAUUGACCAUCAAAGCCAAAUGUUCUAUGGACUUGAGGGAGUUUCCGAUGGACCAUCAGUCGUGCCCACUCAUCCUCGGCUCAUACAGUUACGAUGAAGAGGAUUUGCUGUACGUGUGGGACGAAGACCAGGGCGUCAAGUUUCUGGGCGACGUUGAGCUUUCGCAAUUCGACUUGAUUUCGAGUCCUUAUCGCAACGCGAGUAUCUCACGCAAACGAGGUCUAUAUUCGGUCCUGCAAGUGAGUUUCAAUCUGCGCCGGAAGCAAGGGUACUUUCUGAUCCAGGUCUACGUGCCGUGCAUCUUAAUCGUCGUCCUAUCCUGGGUCUCCUUCUGGCUCAACCGUGAAGCCACGAGCGAUAGGAUAAAUCUGGGAAUCACCACUGUCCUGACCUUAAGCACUUUAGCCAUGGACACGCGGACGGAUUUGCCCAAAGUGCACUACGCAACGGCGCUCGAUUGGUUCAUCCUCAUCACAUUUGGCUACUGUAUGGCUAGCAUCAUUCAAUUCGCUUCGGUUCAUUAUUUUACAAAGAUUGGCAGCGGAGAAAAUUACCAGACGCAGGAGAUUUCGGUCUUGCAUCGUAAACUAAUGGAGAUUAAGGGGAGUCCAAGUAACGAACCUGUCGACGGUCGGAUAAUAAGAACCGACUUUGCCGACUGGGAGAAGCUCGGGGCUGAACUACCUCAAAUGUUUACCACUCCGCCCGUUCCGCCCUGCACUCCUUCUGGCAUUGAAGAAGAAAAUGUUACAGCCAUCAUGCACGAAGAAAUGAAACUCAACAUUGAAAUCUCCGACGACGAGGAUGAAGACGAUGGAGUGGCGACUAACAGCGCCGUAAAAAUCCGCACCAACAGACGCCAUACCGACAGAUCCUCCCGCUUGCAGCAACUUUACUACUGUCUUGUUGCUAACCAAUCCUUCCGAGCUAAACGCAAGCGCCGGGCACUAGCCAAAGGGAACAUCAUCAAUUCCGUCAGCAAAAUCGACUCUGUCUCGCGCAUUCUUUUCCCGGUGACUUUUUCCAUCAUCAACGUUAUUUACUGGUGGGGCUUUAUCGCGCAAAACAACGAUUUCACUUGGAACAAAAUGGACAAUUCCAAAUUCUAUUAGGAAAAUAAAUACUAUUUAGAUAGAUUGACCUCAAAUUUAAAGGUUCUCCUGUCAAGUCCAGCAGAGCAACAGAGUGGUUGGCAACACGAUCAACUGGCGCAUUUUGUCGCGACGGUUGCGACAUUCUACAAGGAAUUUGAAUAGAUGUGUAUCAUACUUUGCAUGCUGUUUUAGCUCUCCAACGUCUUCAAUUCUCCCUAUAUGGUCGAUCGUAAUAAAUGAAUAGGACGCCCGA